CAUUUUGUGAUAGAAAGCCGCAACUUUUCAUUUUCCUCUUUGUGUUUCUUCAUCUUGACCUUGUGGUGAAAUAAUGUGACGAACUGCUCCGCGACACCGAGCCUUUUGUGAGACGUACAGUAUCUAUUUCCAGGGCAGUUUAUAUUUAGACGCCUCGACUCGGACAAACAGCUGGUGCUCGGCACCGUAAAAACCUGAACCAAAAGUUUAAUCUUCUCGUUCCCCGUUGGACACAAACAGAUGGAGCGAGUGUUGGUCCCAAUAAUCUGAGGACAAAAACCACUGUGGCUCCUCAACAGAUAGUGAUUCAUGUGAGGGGACGAUGAGUUCAGAUCCCGAAACGCUCUUGACAUCCCAUCCCGUCUCAUCUUCAUCGCCACAGGAAAAGCAUUUUCCAUCUAUAAAACCAUAUCCUCCAAGAGAUGGACCCAGCAUGGACGACCACCGUUAUGCUCGUGCCCUGUGUAGUUUUACUGACAGCUGGAUUAUUCUACGUCUACGGUCUGAUCGUUGGUCUGUUGACCAAAACGUCGGUGCGCAAUAAGGUGGUGGUUAUAACUGACGCCUUGUCUGCGCUCGGAAAAGAAUGCUCAGGUGUGUUCCACAAAGGAGGAGCGAGGUUGAUCCUCUGUGGGAAAAGCUGGGAGAAGCUUGAAGAGCUUGCUGAUGAUUUGGCGAACGCCUCAGAUCCCACUGUGACGUUUCCCCCCAAACUGGUGCUAGUGGAUUUUGGGGAUAUGGACAGUAUGCCCGAGGUGAUCGAAGAGAUCCUGGACUGCUACGGUUGCCUGGAUGUUCUCAUCCUCAACAGCAGCAUGAAGGUCAAAGCACCGGCCCAGAGUCUGUCGCUGGAGAUGGACAAGUUACUGAUGGACAACAACUACUUUGGACCGGUCACACUGGCUAAAGGUGUGCUGCCGUCCAUGAUCUCGAGAAGAACCGGUCACCUGCUCCUCGUCAACAGCAUCCAAGGGAAACUGGCCGUGCCCUUUCGCUCGACAUAUGCAGCCUCCAAACAUGCGGUCCAGGCCUUCUUCGACUGCCUGAGGGCCGAGGUGGAGGAGUACGGCAUCUCCGUCAGCACCAUCAACCACACCUUCAUCAGCCGCGCUGCGUCCGAACACGCAGAGGCCCCCUCCUCCAAGUCCGUCUGGUCACUGUUGUACACUGAGAAACCCCUCGGCGUUUCUCCAGUCGAGGCCGCCGCUGAGCUCGUCAAGACUCUGAGCAACAAGAAGAAAGAGGUGCUGAUCGCUCCCUCGCUCCCCAAGAUGGCCGUCUACGCCCGAUCCUUCUUCCCCAACGUGUUCUUCGCCGUGAUGGCGGCGGGAGUGAAGAGCGCUGAUGCCUCGGAGAACAUGUAGCGCAGGAUGUGGCGUGAGGUUUUCUAGGUGAAAGGGGAACAAUGUUGUAUUGUAGAAAAAAUGUAUCUUAACAUAGACUUAAGUGUAGAAUUGUGGUUUUUAAACUUGUAUGGUUGAUGUUGAACAGGUUUGGGUUGUAGUGACUCCUCACAUGUGCAGUUACACUGUUUUAAAAUAGUUUCUCCGUCAGAGAAAAUCGUUGUCACAGCGUAAUAAACGUUCAUCAAAGUGCAGAAGACACAUUAAAAUCAGUGACUUCUGAAGAAAA